UGGGCGGUGCUUGGUCCUUCAUGGGCGUGGUUUCCGCUAAACGGAGGGUUUGGUUGAUUUGCAAUCGAUCAGUUGGAAAAGACAGGGGUAGAUUUUCUAACUGUGAAAGAAAUGUGAUGUGCAGCAUACGUGUUUGUGCAAGAUUGCUACGUUCGGGUUGAUGCAAGCGUUGAAACGAUUUGCUGUUGAGCGGAAUAGUCCACACGGAUAGCAAACCAACUUCGAGUUUUCAAACAACAUAUUUUUUUAAGUGUGUUUUUGAUAAUAGUUUGGGAUCGGAUAAAUAUAGAAGUAUUACUUUAUCUUUGUUUUGCAUUUACGAACGGAAGGCGCACAGAUCGUGAAUCUAUUACUGACGAUUUUAAUGCAAUUACGGACCACAGGAAGCCGGGAGUAAAGAAGAAAACAGGAGCGCAGAGGCCCGAUUUCUCCGCAUCGCCACAAGUCCACCUCUGUUUCUCCUGUGGAGUAGGCUACUUGAGUCUCUCACCACCGCGACCUGGAUGGAUGGGUAUGGGGAAAACAGGAUUUUGUUACCGCGGGGCUGAGCGCCUCAUCUACGCGUCAUCAUUUCUCCUGCUGAUCUUGCUCAGUUUCUCGGCCGUGGUCCAGAUAGAGGGAAGCCAAGGGCACACCCCACAGUGCCGCAUCCAGAAGUGCACCACCGACUUCGUCUUGCUCACCUCCCACCUUAACGCGGCGCUGGAUGGCUUCGACACGGAGUUCUGCAAGGCGCUGCGGGCCUACUCCGCCUGCACGCAGCGCACGGCCAAGAGCUGCCGUGGCAACCUGGUCUUCCAUUCGGCGGUGCUGGGCAUCAGCGACCUCAUGAGUCAGCGCAACUGCUCCAAGGACGGCCCCACGUCGCCCACGCACCCAGAGAUGCCCGUGGAGCCCUGCAACUACCACAACCGCCACCUCCACCAGCAGGGCUCAUGGAUGGGCGUGGGGGCCGGCACCGUGCAGCCCCCCACCUACCUUUUUUGUGGCCUGUUCGGCGACCCACACCUGAGGACUUUCAAGGACCACUUUCAGACGUGCAAGGUGGAGGGUGCCUGGCCUCUCAUCGACAACAACUACCUGUCCGUUCAGGUCACCAACGUGCCUGUGGUGAUGGGCUCCAGUGCCACAGCUACCAAUAAGGUCACAAUCAUCUUCAAACCCUACCAGGAGUGCACUGACCAGAAGGUGUACCAGGCUGUGACGGACGACCUGCCCGCUGCCUUUGUGGACGGUACCAUCAGCGGCGGGGACGGCGAGAUCAAGAGCCUGUGGGUAAUCGAGAAGUCGCCCGGGAACCACGUGGAGAUCCACGCCGCCUACAUCGGCGUGACGGUGAUCGUGCGUCAGCUGGGCCGCUAUCUGACGCUGGCGGCGCGCGUGCCAGAGGAGAUGGCCAUGGCCUUCGACGAAACGCAGGACCUGCAGCUGUGUGUCAACGGCUGCCCGACGUCCGAACGCAUCGACCGGGACGGCCACCUGCCUCUCCCCCUGCAGCAGUCGCAGGCCGGGAUGAGGCACCAGCAGCAUCAUCACCACCACAGCCACAACCACAACCACAACCAUCACCACCAGCAGCAGCAGCAGCAGCAGCAGCAGUACCAGCUGCCCAAACCCAACGCCCAGCGGGCAGCCUACUCCCUGGAGGCGGCCAUGGCCAAGUGCAGCGAGCAGCUAGAGGUGAAGGACAUCUACUUCCACUCGUGCGUGUUCGACCUGCUCACCACCGGUGACGCCAACUUCACCAUGGCGGCGUACGACGCGCUGAGGGACGUGAAGGCGCUGCACCCCAGGAAGGAGCGCUGGCACAUCUACCCGCCGUCGGGCGCUGUGCGGGGCCAAGUGCCGCCGCUGCCCCUGCUGGUGUUUCUCUGUUCACUUCUCACUGCUUUGCUAUGGUGAAAACAAAAAAAUAAGCUUGCGCAAAACUGUACCAUGUGGAUCAGGACGUUUUUUUUAUGAUGGUACCAUUGAAGCAAAGCAACAACAGAUACAAAAGUGUUGAUGUACUGUAUAUACUGUGCAUAACAUGACAGGAGUCAGACUUUCUUGAUUUUAAUCCUGAAAAUUCAACUCUCUCUCAUGACUGUACAUUUUGUGUAUAAUACUUUUUUUUUUUCUCCGAAGACCUGGAUGUAGUAGUUUGGUGUGUGAAUUGUGUGAUUUUUUUUUUAAUACCUCAAGAUCGAGGACGUUUUAACAGAAGCACUUUAUUUUUUAAUUUUUUGCAAGAAAAAAAGAACAGCAAAAAGCAAAAAAAAAAAGAGAAAAAAAACACCACAACAAAACAGUGUUUCUCAUAAGCAAGCCCAACAACCAUGGAACAGCUUUGAACAGUCUAGAAACGGUACUAGGCCUCACCACAUGACUCAGAUGAACAGCUGAACAGUUUUAAAUAGGAGUGCAAUUCGUUAUGUUUGAAAGUGAAUGGGGUGGAUGAACUCGGGAUCUCAGCGCUGGUAGAAUGCCGCUCUUCAUAGUGCUUUUCAUGCGCGCACAACGUUUGACACUAACUUCACAUGUCCACACAGCUCUGCCCACUAGUGCAACACCUGAACGUGGUACUCGGUACCUGACCAAACAGAGAGGGUUUCCCCGUAGCCCCCUUUGCUAGACGCCCAUGUACAAUAUAUCUCACUCUGUUUAGACUUACUCUAUGUUCUAUCCUCUCUACGUUUGGUGCAGCUGUCAGUUGCAAUGGAACACUUAAAUGGAGCCAACAGCAGCAGCAGUAGAGUAUUCAAACAUUUUGGGCACACUAACUGGUACUUUUAUGACCUGAAUAUGAAAUUUGUGGUGGUUGACAGUUGUAGGAACGACUAUCAGUAGGCCGUGAUGAGGAGUGAAUACUCUGAAUGAUUAGUGGGCAGACAUUAAUAUGGUUUCUAGCUGAUCAGCAUGUGAACAUGCAGAAACCAGUAAACAGAAGCAGAAAGUUCAUAGAGAUUUCAGUCAGUUGUCACUCCAGAAUUAUUCUCUCUUACCAAACCCAUGUUAGUAUUGAAUAAACUGGAAUCCAGUACUGAUAAGACAGCUCUCAUCUGCUAGAUCAAGCUUCCUGGUAACAAUCCACAGUGUACAAGUAAUCACAAAGUCUGGGUUUUUUGUAUUCAUGGUACUAUUCUUGAUAGAUCUAUUUGUCUUCACCAAUGUCUUCUCUCAGCAAGCGGCACUGACGAUCACCUUAUGGAUGUCGGAUGAUCGAUUAGCUGAUUGGUCGAUUGGAUUCCUUUUUUUUUUUGCUAACCAAAGAUGAACUUACCCGAACAAGAGGAGAAUCAUAGUAGAACACAGAAGUACAUAUGAACAUUUGUGUGUGUGUGUGUGUGUAUGUGUGUGAGUGUGUGUGUGAAUCCAGGAUUUGUUAAAAAAAAAAAAAAAAAAAAAAAAAAAAAACGUGUAGAGUUGUGUGAUUUCUUUUAUGUUCCGAUAGCUCAUUUGCAUUGAUAUGAAUGUCCUCCUCUCAGUGCAGCUUCCUCUGUCUGUCACUCCCGCUCCCGCUCCCGCUCCCGCUCCCGCUCACCCCCUGCCCCCUCUCUCUUUCUCUUUCUCUUUCUCUCUCUCUCUUUUCUGUUUUGCUUUGAUGGAAUAAAAUUCAUAGCAACAGCAGCAGGUACUGAUUUCAAGAGAUGAAAGACACUUAAGGGAGGGUUCAUGACAAUUAUGGUUUCCCACAUUCUCCCCUUCUCUAUCUGUCUGGAGUUCAUUGCAACCCAGUUUUAGUGAAGUCGAAAUUGAUGAUCUGAUGUGUUGAUGCUGAGUGCAUUGUAUUCUCUAACGGCUCCACUUUGAAUUUUAAGUAGUACGAGAUGCCAAAAUAUUCCCACCAGGGGCCACCAGUGUACCAUCCCAAACUCCCUUUUAUCACAUAAUCACCUUCUAAAAAAGACAUUGCUACUGUAGAUUUUCUUUCUUUUUUAACUACUGCCAGUGCUGAAGAGCUGCUACCAUACUGUGACAAGUGUAAUAGAUUGUAUUUAGAACACUGGGAGUUUGACAGGAGGUCGGUUAUCAGAAUCAGAAAUAGUCUCUAUUUCAAUGUGAGGUGGGAUAUUUAUGUCCAGAACAAGGCCUUGGAGUGCAAUCAACUGCAAAGUUAAGCCUACAUCCUGUGUUAAGCUUUUGUUAGCAUUUGACUUUGUGAUCUCUUUUGUCGUGAGUGAAUAUGAGUUUUUGUUUUGUGAAGAGUGACUGCUCAAUGGUGAUACUUAAAUUAUUUAUAAAUGUAGUGUCUUGUUAGAGAAAGUUAAGCUCCAUACUCUUGCUGUUGGAAAAAAAAUGUUUCAGAUGUGAUUGUACUGCCACCUAGUGGACCACCAUUGUUACAUCAGUGUUUUAGUAUUUUACUGGAUGUGGUGAAGAAAAACUGAUAAAAGGAAAACGUGUGUUUUAUUUAAAACAAUAAAUUAAAAGUACAAAAUCA